AUGGCUUCCUUUUGGUCAUUACUCUCAACAAUGUUGAUUCUUUUCAUUGCUUAUUAUUCUCAUUCCUUUUCAUUCCCAGUAGCCUUGGCUUCUUCUUCUUCUUCUUCAGAUAUUCAAUUCUCCACCAUUUCAGCAGCUCCAGCAAUUCUACCAGGUGGUCCUGGUCCUGUAACAGCUCCAUUACCCCCAUCACUUUCUCCGGACAUAACUCCUCUGUUUCCCACUCCCGGGAAACAGAAUCUUUCUCCUGAAGAAUCCUCACUCCCAACCAUUCCCUCUAGUCCGAGCCCCCCAAAUCCAGACGAUGUCGUUGCUCCUGGACCUGGAAUGGCGUUUCCUCCAUCUGGGUCUAUGCCUGCUUCUUCAGCUUCCUCAUCUGGGUCCCUCACCCUUGCUCUGUUCUUGGGCUUUUGUUGGUUCUUUGCAUAAUGUUGCAGAAAAACAAAAAUGGUGCUUGGUGAUGAUUCUUAUCCAACCAAAGAAACAAUAAAAAGAAAUAGAGAAAUAAAAAAAGGUGGGCAAAUUCAAUUAUUGUUGUAUGUAAGUGUUUCAGCUUUUUUAUUUUUGGUAGUAUAUAUUUACAAGGGUGUUGUUUGUAUGUGUUUUAGUGUGGUGUUAGGGGUAGAUGAUGAUAUAUAUAUGUAUUAUUCAUAUACAAGUAGUACUUGACAUUUCUGUGAAUUUUGAUAGAUAUGGUCACUGGGAUUUUUCUGAAUAAAUAUUAUAAAGUAAAUAAAGAUUGUUCGUUUCAAAUUA